AUGGGUAGUUCAAUACUAAAAUUAAGUGACGGAACCGAUCUUUAUUACAAAGAUUGGGGCGUUGGAGAACCGGUUGUGUUCAGCCAUGGAUGGCCAUUGAGUUCAGAUGCAUUCGAAGAUCAAAUGAUAUACUUAGCACUGAAAGGGUACCGGGUGAUUGCCCACGAUCGCCGGGGCCACGGAAGAUCGGGUCAAUCGUGGGACGGACACAACAUGGAUCAAUACGCUGAUGAUUUGGCAGAGCUUGUUAACCAUUUAGACUUGUCCAAGGCAGUUCAUAUCGGACAUUCUACCGGAGGAGGAGAAGUGGCCCGGUACGUUGCAAGACACGGAACCCAACGAGUCCUGAAGGCUAUCUUGAUUGGAGCCAUCCCACCGAUUAUGCUUAAAAAAUCCGAUAAUGCAAACGGAACCCCCAUUGAGGUGUUUGACGAGAUCAGAAACAAUGUCUUGCAAGAUCGCUCCCAAUUCUUCCAGGAUUUGGCCCCGGUUUUCUAUGGGUUUAAUCGAGAGGGUGCGAAAAAAAGUCAAGGCUUAAUUGACAGUUUUUGGUUACAAGGAAUGCAAGGCUCGAUCAAGGCUUUACAUGAUUGUGUUGAAGUAUUCAGUGAAACCGACCAGCGAGAGGAUUUGGCCAAAAUGACCAUUCCAACCCUUGUUCUCUAUGGCGACGACGACCAGAUUGUACCUCCUAUUGCCUCCAGUCAAGCUGCCAUCAAGUUGUUACCACUGCCAACUGAAAAAGUAUACAAAGGAGCAUCUCAUGGAGUUUGUAGUACCCAUAAAGAUGAAGUGAACCAGGACAUUUUAGCUUUCAUUCAAUAA